ACCCCUCCCCCCACUUUCCCACUCUGGAGUCGUCGUCUCUGCUCCGGUCUCCGGAGAAAAGCAAAGCCAGCGCCGAGCAGCAAGCCCCACACGCCAAUUCGGAAUCCUUCUCCUCCCCUCCGCCCCCGCGAUCCCGCCCCUCUCCGCCUGCCCGAUCGGCCUGCUUCCUCCCGGGGUUCGGUGGGUGUACGGAAGAGGGCGUUCCUUAGUUGAGGAUGUACAGUUAAUCUGCAGCAGCUCGAAUUGUAGCAUUUGGAUCUUCUGACAUGGCUGAAGGGGCAAGGUUUCAUGGCAUGGUUGGCGGUGGCGACAAGGGGAUGCAAGAGAACGAGUUCAAUGGCUUCUUCAGCAUGCCCUAUUAUCAGAAAAUUGGGGAGGGCUCCCACAUGUCUGUCGACAGCACCGAUAACUACAACCUGUCCAAUUGCGCCGGUGGCUCCAUUACCAUGUCAGUGGACAACAGCAGCGUGGGCUCGAACGAGUCCCGUACCGUCAUACUUAAGCACCCGGGCCUCCGUGAUGCCCCAACCGCAAGCUAUUCGGUUGGCAACAGCGUCUUUCGCCCCAACCGCGUGGCUGCGCACACCCUGAAUGAAGAUGCAUUGGCCAGGGUUCUGAUGGACCCAAAUCAUCCAACAGAGAUACUGAGCAAGUACCAGCAGUGGGCCAUUGAUCUGGGGAGGUUGGAUAUGGGGGUUCCCUUUGCACAAGGGGCCUUUGGGAAGCUGUACCGGGGAACAUAUAUUGGAGAAGAUGUUGCCAUUAAGCUGCUGGAGAAGCCUGACAAUGACAUAGAGAGAGCACAAUCGUUGGAACAGCAGUUUGUGCAAGAAGUUAUGAUGUUAUCUACCCUAAGGCACCCAAAUAUAGUAAGAUUUAUAGGUGCUUGCAGGAAGUCAAUUGUGUGGUGCAUUAUUACUGAGUAUGCAAAAGGUGGCUCGGUCAGGCAGUUCCUGGCAAAAAGGCAAAACAAGUCGGUACCUUUGAGGCUGGCUGUCAAACAAGCAUUGGAUGUUGCUAGGGGAAUGGCAUAUGUGCAUGCGUUGGGAUUUAUCCACAGGGACCUGAAGUCGGAUAAUCUUCUUAUUGCAGCAGACAGAUCCAUUAAGAUUGCUGACUUUGGAGUUGCUCGAAUUGAAGUGAAAACAGAGGGGAUGACACCAGAGACAGGAACCUACCGCUGGAUGGCACCAGAAAUGAUCCAGCACAGGCCUUAUGAUCACAAAGUUGAUGUCUAUAGCUUCGGGAUUGUUUUGUGGGAGCUUAUAACUGGCAUGCUUCCUUUCACAAACAUGACAGCUGUUCAGGCAGCUUUUGCUGUUGUAAAUAAAGGUGCUCGUCCAGCAAUCCCACAUGACUGCCUGCCUUCCCUAACCCACAUCAUGACUCGCUGCUGGGAUGCAAACCCUGAAGUCCGCCCACCAUUCACCGAGAUCGUCUGCAUGCUUGAGAACGCCGAGAUGGAGGUUGUGAGCCAUGUCCGUAAAGCGCGCUUCCGCUGCUGUGUUGCUGAACCCAUGACCACCGACUGAAAUUAAAGCAAGUUAGGUUAUCGCAGCGGGCAUUAGGGAAGAAAACAGGUAAGGAUGAAGAAAAGAGGCAAUGCCAUUGUGUUCAUCGUUGUCAGUGCGUGGGGUCUGUGUGCCUUCACCAGUGCGCAUUCUGUCUUGUGUAAGUUGCACACCUCAAGUAAAAGUAAUUUCGUAUAGAUGUUGCCUUGUAUGCUAACAAAGACCUAAUGGAGCUUUUCCGUGUUAAUAAUAUCCGCUUGCUCU